AGCUCCUUCCUGUUUACCGCAGCUCCGGAUUGAGAUUGGAACGUCAUCACUCUGUGUUGGCGUUUUCCUCCACAUGAGUACAGGCAGCAUUUUUUGGUGUUUUUUUUUCAUUUGAAUUUUGGAAAUUUGAAAUUAGAAAUUCCACUGAGGCACCACCUUGUAAAUGGCUCCCUAGCCACGGUUGCUGCUGCAACGUGAUGAGGUGAACGCGAGCAGGCCGCGACGGAUCCCGGGUGUUUCCUGACUGGAGCUGCCCGACUGCAGUGCGGCCAGGCGGGUUUAAGGUGUCUGCUGCCUCGACAGCCCCCAGCGAACACUGCGAGAUUACUUGUGGAUUUUAGCAGCGUUGCUAGUUUAGCUAGCGGUAAGUGGGGCGCUCUCGUGGCCGGGUCCUGCCGCUUUUCAACGCCGGUGCCCGGAAUUGAGAAAGACCCUCCGACACGGGCCCCGUCAACAGCGCAGUCAGGAAGAGACUGGCUGCCAAGGGAUGGCCCGGUCGGUCUUCCCGUUCUAGCGGACAAGGGGCUGCGGUGUUCGAAGGAGAUCCCAGUCCGGUUCGAACCCACCACCGCCGCAGUAGUAUGAUGGCUGCCUCCCCCUCCGCGACCUGUGGCUUCAAGGCCACCGGACUGUCGGCCAGGAAGAGUAAAGAAAUAGGGCAUUUGAUAGACUUGUUUUCCAAGACCCAGUACAGAGCCAAGGAAGUUUCUCCACGGAUGGAGGCAAUAGAAACCUGUUGUCUGGAGUUAUUUGCCAAAGAUUACAAGUACAGUGUAAUCCAUAACGCCAGUGGUGAAGUUUGUGGCCAUUACCCACGGCGGAUAGUGUUCCUGGAAUAUGAAUGCACAGAUGUUGAUCGAGACAGGUUUGAGAGCACAGUGCAGAUCAGUAAACUACAGGAUUUGGUGAACCGGAGUAAACUGGCCCGAUGCAGAGGGAGGUUCGUCUGUCCAGUCAUUCUCUACAAUGGCAAGCACAUUUGUCGCUCAUCUACUCUGGCGGGCUGGGGGGAGCUCUAUGGACGGACAGGCUAUAAUUACAUCUUCUCUGGCAUCUUCUCACGCGCUAGACUUCUGUUGAACAAGCUGGUCAAAAACUCCACAGCCACCUCUCCAAGAUGCUUCCAUACUCCUACAGGGGGCAGUGAUGAUACGGUGACAGACUCUGAGGAGGUUCCAGAGGAUGACUUUGCAGUCAGGAAUGGGGACUCACAGCUUUUUGACAAGGUCCGAGGCCAUGAUAUUAAGCUCCUCCGGUACUUGUCAGUUCGCUACAUCUGCGACCUUAUGGUGGAGAACAAGAAGGUUAAGUUCGGCGUGAAUGUGACAUCCUCCGAGAAGGCCGACAAAGCCCAACGCUAUGCAGACUUCACUUUGCUCUCUGUGCCUUAUCCAGGGUGUGAGUUCUUUAAAGACUACAAAGAUAGAGACUACACUGCUGAGGGACUUGUGUUUAACUGGAAUCAGGACUAUGUGGAUGCUCCCUUGACAAUUCCUGCGUGCUUUAAGAAGAACCUAAACAUUGACUGGGCUGAGUACCAGUCAUGGGACCUGGUGGAACAGACGCAGAACUACCUGAAGCUACUUCUACAUAUCAUCAACAGUGAUGAUGAGAGUGGCCUUCUUGUGCACUGCAUAUCAGGCUGGGACCGAACACCUCUGUUUGUUUCUCUCCUCAGGCUGUCUCUGUGGGCAGACGGAGCUGUACACAACAGUCUGGAAGCAGCCGAGAUCCUGUAUCUGACUAUUGCUUAUGACUGGUUCCUGUUUGGUCACAUGCUGCCAGACCGACUCUCCAAGGGGGAGGAGAUUUUCUUUUUUUGCUUCAACUUUUUGAAGCACAUCGUCUCAGAGAAGUUCUCUGCUAUUAAAAAAGAGAGAAGGAAGAACUCCCAGUGCAAAGAUGGUGAUUUUACAGUGGAGGACCUCUGCCAAUUAAAGUCCAGGGAUCGUGGCAGUGUGACAAGUCUGAGCAGUGACUUUUCCCUCAUCACUGAGGAGGUUGGUGUGACUUCCAGCUUCAUGAGCGACACUCUGGACUUCUUCUCCAGCCAGCCUCCACUUCCCACUUGGAAAAAAGGCACCGCCUCCUCUCCUCCAAUGGUCAUAUGGAACAAACAAAACCCUCUGGAUGAACAGCUCCCACAUCCCCUGAGUGAGGCCAGGCCUUCCAGUUCAUCCUCCUCCAACCACUCGGACCACGCCGUCACACGCGCAGGCAGCAGCCCGUUGGCUGUCCCCGGCCCAAGGUUUGCAGCAGACUGCACUCGGUCAGGGUCUUCUCUGUCUACAGAGUAUGGUAGUUGGCAGAUCGUCUCUGGUUGCGGCAGCAUCCAUGAUCAUCCUCUCUUCCAUCCACCUCUGACUUCGGCCUCGUCCGCUGUGGCUGCCCCCUAUGACUCCCUCCUGCCCUUCAGCUUUCAGGAGGAAGGACCCAAUGGACGGAUGUGUCCCUUCCCCUCAGAACGUCAAGCGCGUCUCGAAGCUGUGCGGGAAAUCUUCCUGGCGGCCUACAGCUCUACUGUGGGUCUAAAGUCUGGAGCGUCCAGUCCCUCUGGGGCAAUCACAGGCCUGCUUGAGCAGUUCGCCCGAGGUGUCGGCCUUCGAAGUACCAACACCCUUGUCUAAGCCCCUUUUAAUGUGAUUGCUGAGACCUCUGCUUCAUCAGAUCCAUCCAUCAAAUAAUUUGUGGACGCCAACAAAGUGCCAAACAUUCCUUCGUACAGGGGUUUUCUACUCUUAGUGAAUCUGCGUCGGUGUUUUUCCAAACUUUACAUGUGUAUAUGAGUCUCAAACUGAUCCUUUAUGGUUUAAUCUAUUUUUGUUUUCUGUCACUGCAUCACAAGAGCAAAGUGAGAGAAGGCUUGGAGCGUGGGGUUGCUUGUUGCCUUCUCUAACUUAAAGUGAGGGUGACGUGAUCUAGACAAAGGCAGCACUGCUUGUCACUCUUCAGGUUACAGUGUAUUUGAUUGAGUCACUACCUAAAUACAGUCAAAAGUUCAGAUACACUUUCACGUGCUAUUGAAUGAGAAAGUGUUUUGACUGGUGCAGUACAGUUGAAACCAGAAGUUUACAUACACUAGAUAAAAACUUUUUUUCCCUCACUGUGACAUGAAAUCAGACUAAACAUUUCCUGUUGUAGGUCAAUUAGGAUUACCAAAAUUUAAUGAGGAUUUUUUUACACAAAUUUUCAUUACUUUCUUUAAAGUCAGAAGUUAACCUAAAUUGAAUUCGUAUUUGAUACCAUUGCCUUUAAACUGUCUGACUUUGAAACUUUUUGGAUAUCCUUCCACAAGCUUCUCACAAUAGUUGUCAGAUAUUUUGGCCCAUUCCUCCUGACAGAACUGGUGUACCUGAGCCAAGUUUGUAGUCCACCUUGCUCGCACAUGCCUUUUCAGGUCUGCCCAUAAAUUUUCAAUAGACUUGAGAUCACGGCGUAGCGAUGGCCACUCCAAAUCAUGGACUUUAUCCUUAAUCCACUUUGUAAGCAGUUCAGCAGUAUCCUUCGGGUCAUUGUCCAUUUGGAAGACCCAUUUGCGCCCAAGCUUUAACUUUCUGGCCGAUGUCUAUAGCUGUUGCUCCAGUGUUUCCACUAAAUGUUCUUUUUUUCACGAUGCCAUCUGUUUUGUGAAGUGCACCGGUCCCUCCUGCAGAAAAAAGCCACAAUUGCCCCCGCUGAAUUUCAAAGUUGGGAUGGUGUUCUCACGCGUGCACAGACAGAAAUAUUGUUAACUCUGGAAACAUGCAUUUAAUUGCAUUUCAAUACAAAACAGUAGAAAAACUAAUAGAAAAUAUUCCCAGCUAAAAUUAAACAGAACCUAAAGCUAAAAUGCCAUUUCAGGACACAUUUUUAGAACAGUAUGGCCUUUAAAUGGUUUCUGCAUGGCAGUUGAAAAGUUAGAUUAACUUUGGUGGUAUGAAAACUCCUUUUUGCACAAUUUGCACAAAACCACGCUGACCAAGGCUUUAGUCUGAUAAAACAUGCACGAUAGGUUAAUUGAAGACUCUAAAUCGUCCGUAGGUGUGAAUGUGAGUGCGAAUGGUGGUUUGUUUCUAUGUGCCCUGGGAUUGGCUGGCGACCAGUCAGGGUGUAGCCCGCCUCUCUCCCAUAGUCAGCUGGGAUAGGCUCCACCACGCCCGCGAAAUUGUUCGUCGGUGCGAAUGGGAGUGCGAAUGGUUGGUUGGUUUUAUGUGUCCUGCGAUUGGCUGGCGACCAGUUCAGGGUGUACUCUGCCUCUCGCCCAGAGUCGGCUGGGAUAGGCUUCAGUACACCCGUGACCCUAGUCAGAAUAAGCAGUAUGGAAAAUGGAUGGAUGGAUGGAUGGAUUUCUUGUCAGUGAGAGAGAAAAAAAAAGCAUAUAGUGUAUGUAAACUUCUGGUUUCAACUGCAUAUGUUUAAAGUCGACGAUGUUUGUGCGUUCCAAGUUAAGAUGAGACAUUGGAAAUACAGCUAUAUGGAUCACAGCGGUGUCUAUAUGAUUUUAUUGAGUUAAUUGUGAGGCAGGAAUGACCUCAGCACAUUUGAAAGACUAUAUAAAUUAAUUCCAGAGGGUGCUUUUUUGACAUCAGGAUACCUUAAGAUUUUGGUAUCUUUUGUUCAGUUGAGUCUUCCUUUGAAGGUAUUGAAUCCUGUAUCCGAUGACACUUUGUUUCAGCUGUGGUUGUUUGGAAGUACUCGAUAAAUAAAAUUGAGUUGAGCUAAGAUUACACACGCAUCACAGCACAUCCACUGUUAUACUAUAAGGAAAGUAGCUACUGUAAUAUCCCGUGUAUAAUGCGCACCCAUGUAUAACACGCACCCCCAAAGUUGACCUCAAAAUUCUGGAAAACCCUUCUACCAAUGUACAAUCCAUUUUUACAAUGCAUGAUAUUGCUUCUACCCAUAUGAUCAAAACAUAAAAUAUUUGUAUUUUGUUAGUUUUUUCCCAAAUAAUUAUUCUGAAGUUAAGCACUUUAUUUGAACACAUACUUCAUUUUUAUUUACUUGCUCUUAUUUUGAAAUUCACAGCCCUACUUUUAUUUAGUAAAUGAGAAAACACACAGUUGUGCACAUAUGCUAGAUUACCCGGGCACAAUUUGUACGAUGUGUACAAUUCUUUAACGAAAACAUGAAGGACCAGGUGAAACACAUUCAAUGUUAUUUUAACGGGAUUCAAAUUAAACUGUCAAGCAUUUCAGAAAAGCAUUAUGAUUGAACAGAACAUAACCAUAAACAAAUUGAUGGUUGUUGUUCAGUCAAAAGUCGUAUUUGAAAAAACAAUAUUUCACAAAUUCUGCCUGGGUAUGUAAACUUAUGAGCACAACUGUAGAUAUAUGCAGUCAUAUGUACCCCUGUCAUAUUGGAAUGAAAGUGUAGGCUACACCUUUUUCAUAGCCUCUAGGUGGUGGUGGCAUAUUAGAAUGAAAGUGCACACCUUUCUCAUAACCUCUAGGUGGCAUAUUGGAAUGAAAAUGUACAGCUUUUUCAUAACCUCUAGAUGGCGGCAUACAUUUAUAAAACAUGAAAGUUUUUUUCCCAUUUUCCCCUAUACCUGUGUAUAAUGCGCACUAUUGACUUUUGACAAUUUUGGGGGGAUGCGCGUUAUACAUGAGAAAUUACAGUAACUCAAACUGUUUCAAGCAUUUUCUUUUUCUUAGGAAGGGCUACAAUUUGAUGGUGGUAGAGCGCUGAUUUCCAUUGAAUUUGGCGACAAGAUGUUUACUUGGGCUGCCAGCUCAGAUUCAGAAACCUUUGCUCUUUACUGUAUGCAAGCAUUUCUACUAGUAGAGAGAUUAAUUUGCCAUUUGUGUGAUAUUUGUUGUUAUACAAUCAAAACCAGCAAACAAUCUUGACUCAUCCUCCCAUCCACACAUGCUUUUCAAGAUUUAUGUGUGCUUUCCUUCUUUAGACUUGAUGACUUCACUUUCAGGUCUAAAUUGCAACUUUUGAGAUAAUUCUGUUGAAGUUUUAUUCAAACAAGCCACCAGUUUUUAUGGCUCAGGAUCUUUUUUGUGCAUUUUUGUUAAUCUCCAUUAAUGCCCAUAAGACCUCAAUUUAUUUGCUGUUGUUUUUUUCUACAACCCCAAUUCAAAUGAAGUUGGGACGUUGUGUUAAACAUAAAUAAAAACAGAAUACAAUGAUUUGCAAAUCAUGUUCGACCUAUAUUUAAUUGAAUACACUACAAAGACAAGAUAUUUAAUGUUCAAACUGAUAAACUUGAUUGUUUUGAGCAAAUAAUCAUUAAAAUAGAAUUUUAUGGCUGCAACACGUCCAAAAAAGCUGGGAUAGUGUCAACAGCUUCAGCUGUUCAACAGUCCGGGGUCUCCUUUGUCGUAAUUUACGCUUCAUAAUGUGCCACGCAUUUUCAAUGGGAGACAGGUCUGGACUGCAGGCAGGCCAGUCUAGUACCCGCACUCUUUUACUAUGAAGCCACGCUGUUGUAACACGUGCAGAAUGUAGUUUGGCAUUGUCUUGCUGAAAUAAGCAGGGGCGUCCGUGAAAAAGACGUUUCUUGGAUGGCAGCAUAUGUUUCUCCAAAACCUGUAUGUACCUUUCAGCAUGAAUGGUGCCUUCACAGAUGUGUAAGUUACCCAUGCCAUUGGCACUAACACAACCCCGUACCAUCACAGAUGCUGGCUUUUGAACCUUGCGUCCAUAACAGUCCGGAUGGUUCUUUUCCUCUUUGGCCCGGAGGACACGACAUCCACAAUUUCCAAAAACAAUUUGAAAUGUGGACUCGUCGGACCACAGAACACUUUCCCACUUUGCAUCGGUCCAUCUUAGAUGAGCUCGGACACAGAGAAGCCGGCGGCAUUUCUGGGUGUUGUUGAUAAAUGGCUUUUGCUUUGCAUAGUAGAGUUUUAGGUUGCACUUACAGCUGUAGCGCCGAAUUGUAUUUACUGACAUUGGUUUUCUGAAGUGUUCCUGAGCCCAUGCGGUGAUAUCCUUUACACAUUGAGGUCAGUUUUAAGAUGCAGUGCCGCCUGAGGGAUCGAACGUCACGGGCAUUCAGUGUUGGUUUUCGGCCUUGUCGCUUACAUGCAGUGAUUUCUCCAGAUUCUCUGAACCUUUUGAUGAUAUUAUGGACCGUAGAUGAUGAAAUCCCUAAAUUCCUUGCAAUUGUACAUUGAGGAACAUUGUCCUGUUUGACUAUUUUCUCACGCACUUGUACACAAAGAGGUGAACCUCGCCCCAUCUUUGCUUGUGAAUGACUGAACAAUUCGGGGAAGCUCCUUUUCUACCCAAUCACGGCACCCACCUGUUCCCAAUUAGCCUGUACACCUGUGGGAUGUUCCAAACAGGUGUUUAAUGAGCGUUCCUCAACUUUCUCAGUCUUUUUUGCCACCUGUCCCAGCUUUUUUGGAACGCGUUGCAGCCAUAAAAUUCUAAGUGAAUGAUUAUUUGCUAAAAACAAUCAAGUUGAUCAGUUUGAACAUUAAAUAUCUUGUCUUUGUAGUGUAUUCAAUUAAAUAUAGGUUGAACAUGACUUGCAAAUCAUUGUAUUCUCUCUUUAUUUAUGUUUAACACAACGUCCCAACUUCAUUGAAAUUGGGAUUGUACAUAUUCAUGUUUAGCUUUCAGUUCCAGGAUCUUGAGAGACUGGCAGCUAUUGAAGUUCACGUUUUAGCACAGUCUUUGGGUGUUAUUUCCUUGAGCGAUAACGGCACAACAGGAAUCAUCUUAAAAAUGACACCAUUUUUUAAUAUGAACUUUUACAUUCAAAUGAGAAGGUGCUGUUGUACUCAUUUUUAUGUGCCUACCAGCACUGCAAACCUGACUACUUUUGUGUAUGCCAUCCAUCCAUCCAUCGUCUUUACACCGAUAAAUAUUUAGCAGGAAAAUUUGUGUUUAUUUUGGCCACCAUCUCCUUGUUAACAAAGAUCAUGGUCUUACUUUUUGCAUUAUUUGGGUAUUAUUACAUUAUUGGAGUCCUUCUCACCUCACCGCUGGACAAAAUGUUUUUCAUCCAAUACUUAACACCUUUCACUUACAGUUGUGCUCACUAUUAUUGGCACGCCUUGAUUUUUUUUUGCAUAACCUGUAUAAUAUCUUCAGAAAUAAAUGGAAAUGUACCAAACUUAUAUCAUCAGGAUCUUUUAAUUGGAGGUCCAAAGUAAUUUAACAAAGAAAAAUGAUUUUUUUUCCCCAACUUCUAUAUUGUAAUUGUAAGGAAAACAGUAUUUGGUUGCACACCCUUUGGCAGCAAUGACAGCUUGUAUCAAUCUUAUAAGCUUUAUUGCACUUCUCUGGUGGUAUUUUCUCCCACUCUUUGCAAUUUGUUCGAGCUCUUGAAUAUUUGCAGGAUUCUUUUCGACAUUUUGCUCCGAAACCUCUUGAUCAUUUUCUUAUGACAUGAUACCUGUGGUACAGACAAGGCCUCCCAGUACCAGAUUUAACAAAGCAGCCCCACAGCAUGAUGGAUCCUCCACCAUGGUUGACUGUUAGCAGGGUGUUCAUUUCCUGAAAGGCUUUAUUGCGCCAUCUGUAAACAUACUGUUCGUGUGCAUUGUUAAAAAGCUCUAUUUUUGUUUCAUCUGUCCAUAAAAUAUUGUUUAUCA